UCUGGUUCAAUAGAUGAUCUCCCCAUGGGGACAGAAGGAGCUCUGAGUCCUGGAGUGAGCACAUCAGGGAUUUCCAGCAGCCAAGGAGAGCAGAGCAACCCAGCUCAGUCUCCUUUCUCGCCUCAUACCUCCCCUCACCUUCCUGGCAUCCGAGGCCCCUCCCCUUCCCCUGUUGGCUCUCCUGCCAGUGUUGCUCAGUCUCGCUCAGGACCACUCUCGCCUGCUGCAGUGCCAGGCAACCAGAUGCCACCUCGGCCACCCAGUGGCCAGUCAGACAGCAUCAUGCAUCCUUCCAUGAACCAAUCAAGCAUUGCCCAAGAUCGAGGUUAUAUGCAGAGGAACCCUCAGAUGCCCCAAUACAGUUCCCCCCAGCCCGGCUCGGCCUUAUCUCCACGUCAGCCUUCUGGAGGACAGAUGCACACAGGCAUGGGCUCCUACCAGCAGAACUCCAUGGGGAGCUACGGUCCCCAAGGGGGUCAGUAUGGCCCACAAGGAGGUUACCCCAGGCAGCCAAACUAUAAUGCCUUGCCCAAUGCCAACUACCCCAAUGCAGGCAUGGCUGGAAGCAUGAAUCCCAUGAGUGCUGGAGGUCAAAUGCAUGGGCAGCCUGGUAUCCCACCUUAUGGCACUCUCCCUCCAGGGAGAAUGAGUCAUGCCUCAAUGGGUAACAGGCCUUAUGGUCCUAAUAUGGCCAAUAUGCCACCUCAGGUUGGGUCUGGGAUGUGUCCCCCUCCAGGGGGCAUGAACCGGAAAACUCAAGAAUCUGCUGUCGCCAUGCAUGUUGCUGCCAAUUCUAUACAAAACAGGCCACCAGGCUAUCCCAAUAUGAAUCAAGGGAGCAUGAUGGGAACUGGACCUCCCUAUGGACAAGGGAUCAAUAGCAUGGCUGGCAUGAUCAACCCACAGGGACCCCCAUAUCCCAUGGGUGGAACCAUGGCCAACAAUUCAGCAGGGAUGGCAGCCAGCCCAGAGAUGAUGGGCCUUGGGGAUGUCAAGUUAACUCCAGCUACCAAAAUGAACAACAAGGCAGAUGGGACACCCAAGACAGAAUCUAAAUCCAAGAAAUCCAGUUCUUCUACUACCACCAAUGAGAAGAUCACCAAGUUAUAUGAGCUAGGUGGUGAACCUGAGAGGAAGAUGUGGGUGGACCGUUAUCUGGCCUUCACGGAGGAAAAGGCAAUGGGCAUGACAAAUCUGCCUGCUGUGGGUAGAAAACCUCUGGACCUUUACCGCCUCUAUGUGUCAGUAAAAGAAAUUGGUGGAUUGACUCAGGUCAAUAAGAACAAAAAAUGGCGGGAACUUGCGACCAACCUCAAUGUGGGCACAUCAAGCAGUGCUGCCAGCUCCUUAAAAAAGCAGUAUAUCCAAUGUCUCUAUGCCUUUGAGUGCAAGAUUGAACGGGGAGAAGACCCUCCCCCGGACAUCUUUGCAGCUGCUGAUUCCAAGAAGUCCCAGCCCAAGAUCCAGCCUCCCUCUCCUGCGGGAUCAGGGUCUAUGCAGGGGCCACAGACUCCUCAGUCAACCAGCAGUUCCAUGGCAGAGGGAGGAGACCUGAAGCCACCAACUCCAGCAUCCACACCACACAGUCAGAUUCCCCCUUUGCCAGGCAUGAGCAGGAGCAAUUCUGUCGGGAUCCAGGAUGCCUUUCCUGAUGGAAGUGACCCCACAUUCCAGAAGCGGAAUUCCAUGACUCCAAACCCUGGGUACCAGCCCAGUAUGAAUACCUCUGACAUGAUGGGGCGCAUGUCCUAUGAGCCAAAUAAGGAUCCUUACGGCAGCAUGAGAAAAGCUCCUGGGAGUGAUCCCUUCAUGUCCUCAGGGCAGGGCCCCAACGGAGGGAUGGGUGACCCUUACAGCCGUGCUACUGGCCCUGGGCUGGGAAAUGUGGCUAUGGGACCACGACAGCACUAUCCCUAUGGAGGUCCUUAUGACAGAGUGAGGACUGAGCCUGGAAUAGGUCCUGAGGGAAAUAUGGGCAGUGGAGCCCCACAGCCAAAUCUCAUGCCUUCCACCCCAGACUCGGGGAUGUAUUCUCCUAGCCGCUACCCCCCACAGCAGCAGCAGCAGCAACAGCAAAGACAUGAUUCCUAUGGCAAUCAGUUCUCCACCCAAGGCACCCCAUCUGGCAGCCCUUUCCCCAGCCAGCAGACCACAAUGUAUCAACAGCAGCAACAACAGAAUUAUAAGCGGCCAAUGGAUGGCACAUAUGGUCCUCCUGCCAAGCGGCAUGAAGGGGAGAUGUACAGUGUGCCAUACAGCACUGGGCAGGGGCAGCCUCAGCAGCAGCAAUUGCCCCCAGCCCAGUCCCAAUCUGCCAGCCAGCAACAAGCUGCCCAGCCUUCCCCUCAGCAAGAUGUGUACAACCAGUAUAGCAAUGCCUAUCCUGCUACUGCCACCGCUGCAACUGAGCGCCGACCAGCAGGCGGCCCCCAGAACCAGUUUCCAUUCCAGUUUGGCCGAGACCGUGUCUCUGCACCCCCUGGCUCCAAUGCCCAGCAGAACAUGCCACCACAGAUGAUGGGUGGUCCUAUACAGGCAUCAGCUGACGUUGCUCAGCAAGGCACCAUGUGGCAGGGGCGUAAUGACAUGACCUAUAAUUAUGCCAACAGGCAGAGCACAAGCUCUGCUCCCCAGGGUCCUGCAUAUCAUGGUGUGAACCGAACAGAUGAAAUGCUGCACACGGAUCAGAGGGCCAACCAUGAAGGCCCAUGGCCUUCCCAUGGCACACGCCAGCCUCCAUAUGGCCCCUCUGCCCCCGUGCCUCCCAUGACAAGACCCCCUCCAUCUAACUAUCAGCCCCCACCAAGCAUGCAGAAUCACAUUCCUCAGGUAUCCAGCCCCGCUCCCCUGCCCCGGCCAAUGGAGAACCGCACCUCUCCUAGCAAGUCUCCAUUCCUGCACUCUGGGAUGAAAAUGCAAAAGGCAGGUCCACCAGUACCUGCCUCACACAUAGCACCUACCCCUGUGCAGCCCCCCAUGAUUCGGCGGGAUAUCACCUUUCCACCUGGCUCUGUUGAAGCCACACAGCCUGUGUUGAAGCAGAGAAGGCGGCUCACAAUGAAAGACAUUGGAACCCCGGAGGCAUGGCGGGUAAUGAUGUCCCUCAAGUCUGGUCUCCUGGCAGAGAGCACAUGGGCAUUAGACACCAUUAACAUCCUACUGUAUGAUGACAACAGCAUUAUGACCUUCAACCUCAGUCAGCUCCCAGGGUUGCUAGAGCUCCUUGUGGAGUACUUCCGUCGAUGCCUGAUUGAGAUUUUUGGCAUUUUAAAGGAAUAUGAGGUGGGUGACCCAGGACAAAGAACACUACUGGACCCUGGAAGAUUCAGUAAGGUGUCUAGUCCAGCCCCCACAGAGGGGGAGGAAGAAGAAGAACUUCUAGGUCUGAAACUAGAGGAGGAGGAAGAGGAAGAAGAAGUAGUUGAAAAUGAUGAGGAGAUGGCCUUUUUGAGCAAGGACAAGCCAGCUUCAGAGAAUAGUGAGGAGAAGCUAGUCAGCAAGUUUGACAAGCUUCCAGUAAAGAUUGUACAAAAGAAUGACCCAUUUGUGGUGGACUGCUCAGAUAAGCUUGGGCGUGUGCAGGAGUUUGACAGUGGCUUGCUACACUGGCGGAUUGGUGGUGGGGACACCACUGAGCAUAUCCAGACCCACUUUGAGAGCAAAACAGAACUGCUGCCUUCUCGGCUUCAUGUGCCAUGUCCCACAGCCUCCCGGAAACAUGUCAUCACAGAGGGCACAGUAGGGACGACAGAACAGGAAGGGCCCCCUCCUGAUGGCCCACCAGAAAAACGGAUCACAGCCACUAUGGAUGAUAUGUUGUCCACCCGCUCUAGCACAUUGAACGAGGAGGGAGUUAAGAGUGCAGAGGCCACCAAGGAAAGCAGCAAGUUUCCAUUUGGCAUCAGUCCAGCACAGAGCCACCGGAACAUCAAGAUCCUAGAAGAUGAGCCCCACAGUAAGGACGAGACCCCACUGUGUACCCUUCUGGACUGGCAGGAUUCCCUUGCCAAGCGCUGUGUGUGUGUCUCCAAUACCAUCCGAAGCCUGUCAUUUGUGCCAGGCAACGACUUUGAGAUGUCUAAACACCCAGGGCUGCUGCUUAUCCUGGGCAAGCUAAUCCUGCUGCACCACAAGCACCCAGAACGGAAGCAGGCACCACUGACUUAUGAGAAAGAGGAGGAACAGGACCAAGGGGUGAGCUGUAACAAAGUUGAGUGGUGGUGGGACUGUUUGGAGAUGCUCCGGGAAAAUACUUUGGUCACACUGGCCAACAUCUCGGGGCAGUUGGACUUAUCCCCAUAUCCUGAAAGCAUUUGCCUGCCUGUCCUGGACGGACUCCUACACUGGGCAGUUUGCCCUUCAGCUGAAGCCCAGGACCCUUUCUCCACCCUGGGCCCCAAUGCCGUCCUCUCCCCCCAGAGACUGGUCUUAGAAACCCUCAGCAAACUCAGCAUCCAGGACAACAAUGUGGACCUGAUCCUGGCCACACCCCCCUUCAGCCGUCUGGAGAAGUUGUACAGCACCAUGGUGCGCUUCCUCAGUGACCGAAAGAACCCAGUGUGCCGAGAGAUGGCCGUGGUACUGCUGGCCAACCUGGCACAGGGGGACAGCCUGGCAGCCCGUGCCAUCGCAGUGCAGAAGGGCAGCAUCGGCAACCUCCUAGGCUUCCUUGAGGACAGCCUUGCUGCCACACAGUUUCAGCAGAGCCAAGCCAGCCUCCUCCACAUGCAGAACCCACCCUUUGAGCCAACUAGUGUGGACAUGAUGCGGCGUGCUGCGCGUGCGCUGCUAGCCUUGGCCAAGGUGGAUGAGAACCACUCAGAGUUCACUCUGUAUGAGUCAAGGCUGUUGGACAUCUCGGUGUCACCACUGAUGAACUCAUUGGUUUCACAAGUCAUUUGUGAUGUACUGUUUUUAAUUGGCCAGUCAUGACAGCCGUGGGACAUCUCCCCUCCCUGUGUGUGUGUGCGUGUGUGGAGAACUUAGAAACUGACUGUUGCCCUUUAUUUAUGCAAAACCACCUCAGAAUCCAGUUUACCCUAUGCUGUCCAGCUUCUCCCUUGGGAAAAUGUCUCUCCUGUUUCUCUCCUUCCUCUCCCCCUCACACCUUUCUUUUCCUCAUCCUCACCUUGCCCCCCCUCAGGACCCUACCCUAUUUGAAAAGACAAAGCUCUGCCUACAUAGAAGACUUUUUUUAUUUUAACCAAAGUUACUGUUGUUUACAGUGAGUUUGGGGAAAAAAAUAUAAAAAAUAAAAAUGGCUUUCCCGGUCCUUGCAUCAACGGGAUGCCACAUUUCAUAACUGUUUUUAAUGGUUAAAAAAAAAAGGAAAAAAUACAAAAAAAACUCUGAAAGACAAAAAGGUGACUGCUGAACUGUGUGUUGUACAUUCACAAUCUCGCAGGAGCCGAGAAGUUCGCAGUUGUGAGCAUACCCUGUUCACUGGAGAGGCCUGUGCAGUAGAGUGUAGACCCUUUCAUGUACUGUACUGUACACCUGAUACUGUAAACAUACUGUAAUAAUAACGUCUCACAUGGAAACGAGAGAAGACGCUGGGUCAGCAGCAAGCUGUAGUUUUUAAAAAUGUUUUUAGUUAAAUGUUGAGGAGAAAAAAAAAAAAAGGCUUUUCCCCCAAAGUAUCAUGUGUGAACCUACAACACCCUGACCUCUUUCUCUCCUCCUUGAUUGUAUGAAUAACCCUGAGAUCACCUCCUAGAACUGGUUUUAACCUUUAGCUGCAGCGGCCGCGCUGCCACUCGUGUAUAUAUAUGAUGUUGUACAUUGCACAUACCCUUGGAUCCCCACAGUUUGGUCCCUCUCCCAGCUACCCCUUUAUAGUAUGACGAGUUAACAAGUUGGUGACCUGCACAAAGCGAGACACAGCUAUUUAAUCUCUUGCCAGACAUUGCCCUUCUUGGUGCGAUGCUGUACAGGUCUCUGUAAAAAGUCCUUGCUGUCUCAGCAGCCAAUCAACUUAUAGUUUAUUUUUUUCUGGGUUUUUGUUUUGUUUUGUUUUUCUUUCUAAUCGAGGUGUGAAAAAGUUCUAGGUUCAGUUGAAGUUCCUGAUGAAGAAACACAAUUGAGAUUUUUUCAGUGAUAAAAUCUGCAUAUUUGUAUUUCAACAAUGUAGCUAAAACUUGAUGUAAAUUCCUCCUUUUUUUCCUUUUUUGGCUUAAUGAAUAUCAUUUAUUCAGUAUGAAAUCUUUAUACUAUAUGUUCCACGUGUUAAGAAUAAAUGUACAUUAAAUCUUGGUAA